AUGGAGAAAAAUACCAAAAAUUUUAUUUCCUCUCAUCCGGACAUUAUUUAUACUCGCGCGAAUAAAGGCAAUGCUACCGUGGCCAUGUCUAGAGAAUCUUACAUUAACAAGAUGGACACAAUGCUCAAUGAUACAGACACAUACAUAUUAAUAAAGAAGGAUCCAGUUCGCAAACUUACAACAGCGGUACGUACGUUGCUCACCAGAUGGAAAAACAAAGAAUAUAUUGAUAACAAAAAAUAUAGAUUCUUAUAUUGCAGUGAUGGGAUGUUGCCUUGUGCCUAUGGUGUGCCAAAGAUACACAAACAGGGUUGUCCCUUAAGAAUAAUAGUAUCUUCCAUUGGUAGCCCGUUAUAUCCUCUUGCCAAUUUCUUACAGAACAUUCUCUCUGAGUCUUUACCUACAGCUAACAGUUACAUUAAGAAUAGCUUUCAUCUAAUUGAAAAAUUAAAGAAUCUAAGAAUCGAAGAUGAUUUUUCGUUAGUGUCAUUAGAUGCAGUAUCACUGUUCACAAAUGUCCCGUUAGACAUAGCGAUUGACUGUAUAAGAGAGCAGUGGAACUGCAUUACACGACAGUGCUCUAUACCCAGGGAAGAAUUUUUGGAAGCUGUGAAACUUGUUUUGGAUUCAACCAUUUUUGUUUUUGACAAAAAAAUUUAUAAACAAUCCUUUGGCACACCCAUGGGGUCACCUUUGUCACCUGUGGUCGCAGACCUCGUGAUGAGGAGGUUGGAAGGGGUUGCUCUGAUGUCGUUCAACAAAGACGUACCUUUCUAUUAUAGAUAUGUCGACGACAUUUGUUUAGCUGUUUCCUUGUCUGACGUUGAAUUAUUAAAAAAAACUUUUAAUGACUUCCAUCCUCGUCUCCAAUUCACUUUGGAGAUUGGGGGAAAUAAACUUGAAUUUCUUGACGUUACAAUUUUAAAACAUAAUAAUGGCUUGAUUUUCGACUGGUAUCGCAAGCCCACGUUUUCUGGAAGAUUCCUCAAUUACAUGUCCAACCAUCCGGUAUCUCAAAAGAGAGGCAUGAUUUUUUCGUUGGUCGACAGAGCCUUUUUACUUUCGGACGUUUGUUUUCACAAUAAAAACCUUAGAUUUAUCAUUGAAAUCUUACUCAACAAUGACUAUCCGUUGGCAUUUAUAUUUAACACUGUCAAUCAAAGAAUAAAACAUUUAAUAAAUAACAAAAUUAACGCACUGAAGAAUAAUAGUGAGAAUGUUGAGGAAUCAGCAACCUACACGUGGCUUAUGGUACCUUACAUUCCAACACAUUCGGAAAAAUUUAAAAGAAUUAAAUGUGACGCCAUCAGAGUAUCUGUUCGUAGUCCGAAUAAAAUUAAUAAAUAUAUCAAAGUGCAGAAAGACCCACGACACAAAGACUCUAAAAAUAAUGUGGUUUAUGAAAUUGAUUGUAAAAAUUGCGCAGCCACGUACGUGGGACAGACGGGCAGACAGUUGAAAACGAGAAUUGCAGAACAUAAAAAUCAUAUCAGGCGAAACACAACAACUAGAUCAGUUAUUACCGAGCAUAGGCUGGAACACAACCAUGACUUUCAAUGGGACAACGUAAAAAUCUUAGAUGAAGAGCCGUGUUAUAAGAAACGCUUGAUAUCAGAGAUGGUUAACAUCAAGAAACAGACGAAUAGCCUGAAUUUACAAACAGACACAGAAGGACUCCACAAAGCGUACAUACCAAUAAUAAAUAAGUUAUAA